AAGCAAAGAAUGGAUGACAAGAGGGAGGUGUUGGACAUUCAGCAGAAUGUUAAGUGAAAGGAGACGUGUUUCAGAACUACUGUAUGAGAAAGAAAAGAUAGGACAACGUUUUAAUACAAAAGGCUGGGUAAACAGUGUUCGAUUACACAAGGAUGUUGUCUUUAUCAACAUCACAGAUGGCUCCUGCCUGAAGCAUCUGCAGAUAGUGGCCUCACCAGAUCAAGCUGAAGGGGUGACGUUGGGCAGCAGUGUGUCAGUUGAGGGGGAACUGAUGAAGAGUCCAGCAUCUGGACAGACAGUGGAAUUGAAGGCAGAUAAAGUGACAUUGGUCGGAAAUUGUGAUCCCAAGGACUACCCUUUCAAGAUGAAGGAGCGACACUCUGUGGACUACACCAGGGGAUUCCCCCAUUUGCGACACAGAACAAACUUCUUCAGUUCCCUGCUCAGGACUAGAAACUCUGCUACAAUGGCAAUUCAUCAGUACUUUCAGAAUAAUGGCUACUGUUUGGUGAAUACACCUGUCAUCACAUCACAUGAUGCAGAGGGAGCUGGAGAGGUGUUUAGUCUUCAGCCAGGUAGCUCAGGUGCUGUAGACUUAACGACAGGUAAUGACAAGUCACCCAAGGACAAGCCUCCCCUGUUUUUCGGCCACUUGGCUUAUUUGACUGUCUCUGGGCAACUACAAUUGGAGGCUGUCAAUGGUGGCUUCAGCAAGGUCUACACCUUUGGUCCAACUUUCAGAGCAGAAAAUUCCCGUGGUCGCCAUCACCUGUGUGAAUUUUACAUGAUAGAAGCAGAGUUAGCCUUUACAGAGUCACUGGAGGAUAUUUUAAAGGAGAUGGAGAGUCUUGUCAAAGUUUCUGGUCAUCAGAUUAUGGAGAAAUCUGCUGAAGAUGUGGAAGUAUUCCAUAAGCAUGUUGCACCUGGCCAUAAGGCUAUAGUUGAAAAGAUCCUGUCCAGUGAGUGGCACAGGAUACCGUACAGUGAUGCUGUUCAAGUUUUGUCCAAGAAGAAUAACGAGUUUGAGUUUAAAGUUACAUGGGGAAAAGAGUUCCAGAAGGAACAUGAGCAUUAUCUGGUGUCUUACUUCAACAAUAUUCCUGUUUUUGUCACUGAUUUCCCCAAAGAACUGAAGCCAUUUUAUGCCAGAGCCAACAAUGAUGGAAAGACAGUAUCAUCAGUGGACUUGCUGUUCCCUGGGGUGGGGGAAGUGUUUGGCGGAUCCCUCAGGGAAGAAAGGUUGGACAUUCUAAAAGCUAGGAUGGAGGAGCUGUGCAUGACAGAGGAUUAUGCAUGGUAUCUGGACAUCCGCAGAUUUGGAUCUGCCCCUCAUGGAGGAUUUGGGAUGGGUUUUGAACGUUUCCUCCAAUCAUUGCUGGGUAUCCAUAACAUCAAAGACACUAUACCUUUCCCACGGUCAUCCAAGAACUGCAAAAUGUGAUUCUACAAGACGUAGUGUACUUAUAUACAACGUGGAACCCCAAACAUGUCAAAUAGCUACAACUUUCUUGAUAGUUUCUCCUGCUGGCCAACUGAGAUUCUCAAUAUAUAAGAUACCCAGCAAGCAUUAAAAACCAUUAAGAUGACUCAUCCAGUGAUGUGACUAUAAACCAGUGGAGCCCCUAACCACAGAGUUGCCCAUCCAGACAACUAGGUCCACCAAUAUUGUAGCCAUCUUGUCAGUGAAAUUACAACCAGUCAGGGUUGCAACAUGCCAGCUGUAGGAAGGCUAAACUUUACAAUUCUCCACAACCAAGGAAGUGUCCGACUAAUGCUGCCAGUUUGUUUCCUUCAGUGUUUAUUGUCUGGUCGAUGUCUUUGUUGGCAGUAGAAGUUAGAAAUGUGAUCAAAUACUUCAGUUCCCGAAGUUAUCAAGUUUCUGUCUACAGGUGAAGGUUGCUGAAAAUUUUCAGUUUACUACAGUACGAUGUGCCAGCUAAAUAAUAACAUUUGAAGGAACUUUAUAUCGUUAAUUUGUCUUGCAUUGUUGGUGAAGUUCUGCCAAGCAGAUACUGAAUGUGUCAAAAUUUGCUACGUAAUUGAAAAUCAUAAUGUAUGGGCGCCUGUAAGCCAAAUCAUAUAGUGUUAUGAUGAAACAGUGCUUAUCUUGAUACAUUAUAUCUGAACAUUUAUUUUUUCUGAUAAAUUUCUCACAGUUUUGGUUCAAAGAUACUUGAAAGGAGACUUAAUCGUAUGAACAAUAAAUCUCCUUCCUUUCAAAUGUGUAUGUCGCACGUGGGAAAGCUCGUGACUGACUUGCCAAUGGUCACGGUUUAAGACCGGGAUUCCUGUUUCCUCCAGCUAUAAAUCUGGCCGCUAUCGGAUGUGGAAACUUCUUGAGUAUGGCGUUAGACAACAAUCGAUCAAUCAAUCAAUCAACUGAUCAAUCAAUCAGUUACCUCAAAAAGAUGAAAUGAAA